GAGCCAAUAGGCUUUGGUAGGCAGAGUUGUCCCUGUGGCCGCCAUUAAAGAAAGGAAUCCAUGAAUUCAAAUGGAAACCAACAGGAACCGAGGCUGAAAUUAUGUUGAAAAUAAUAGCAACAUUCUAGGCCCGCGCCGGGUUCCGGAUGCUUUUUAAAGGAUGCAUUUCGUUUUUUAGGCAGAAUUCCGCGAUGGAGGAGUAGACGGGACGUUUUUUUUUUUUUUUUUUUUUUUUUUUUAAGCAAAGACCGUUUUAGGGCUAGGGGGGAGGGGGAGAGUUGCUUCUUUGCUCUCCUUUUCUUUUUGUUUUAUCAACAUUUUUGUUGUACUUUCCAUUUUUUCCUCCGUGCUUUUGGGAUGACGACGUAGACAACGGAUAGUCUCGAGCUGCAGCUUUUCAUAAUUAACUGACAACUGCAGUCGGAAGGUUGUUGAAUUAACUCUGCUCCUGCCAAAUGUUAUAAAAAAAUUAUUCUGGUUGAUUAGCCAGCACAUCUAAGAGAAAACACCACCGCAGUCCUUUAUUUCCCGGGAAAAGUGCAAUGCUGGAAUGUGCGACGGAGCAGUGAAAGGAUGAGUUCUUGUUUUGUACCGAACGGGGCCAGCUUGGAGGAUUGCCAUUCCAAUCUAUUCUGUCUGGCGGACCUGACGGGCAUCAAAUGGCGGCGGUACGUGUGGCAGGGCCCCGACUCGGCACCCAUCCUCUUCCCGGUGACGGAGGAGGACCCCAUCCUGUGCAGCUUCAGCCACUGCCUGAAGGCGGACGUGCUGAGCGUGUGGCGCCGGAGCCAGCGGCCGGGCCGCCGCGAGCUCUGGCUCUUCUGGUGGGGCGACGACCCCAGCUACGGCGACCUCAUCCACCACGAGCUCGACGCCGAGGACGAGGGCGUGUGGGAGAACGGCCUGUCGUACGAGUGCCGCACGCUGCUCUUCAAGGCCGUGCACAACCUGCUGGAGCGCUGCCUGGUCAACCGCGGCUUUGUGCGCAUCGGCCGCUGGUUCGUCAAGCCCUACGAGAAGGACGAGAAGCCCAUCAACAAGAGCGAGCACCUGUCGUGCGCCUUCACCUUCUUCCUGCACGGCGACAGUAACGUGUGCACCAGCGUGGAGAUCAACCAGCACCAGCCCGUCUACCACCUCACCAUGGACCACCUCACCCUGGCCCAGCAGGCCCCCAGCCCCUUCCAAGUCAUCCUGAGUCCGUUCGGCCUCAACGGCACGCUGACGGGCCAGUCGUUCAAGCUGUCGGACCCGCCCACGCAGCGGCUGAUCGACGAGUGGAACCAGUUCUAUCCCAUCAGCCCCGGGGCCAAGGAGGGCGUGGCCGAGGGCAUGGACUGGGAGGACGACUCCCUGGCCUCCGCGGAGGUCCUCGUGGGUGGCGUGCGAAUGGUCUACCCAGCCUGCCUGGUUCUGGUGCCACAGUCCGACAUCCCGGCCCCGCCCACCACCGGCUCCUCCCACUCCACCACCGUCUACCCCGGACACCAAGUGCCUGCCUCCCAGCGCGAGCCCGCCAUCUCCUUGGUUACGCUGACCCCGCCCACCUCCCCCGAAGAAGCUCAGACAGUAGACUCCCGCACCGCCCAGAAGUGGGUCAGGCUGUCGUCGGCGGCGACGGACGGCUUCGGCGCCGACACCCCCACCCACCACGGGGGCAAGGUCCCGCGCCGCCUGGCGGGCCAGGCGCUGGAGCGCGUGUGGCGGGAGUGCAGCAUCAAGCGGACGCCCCACAAGCGGAAGUUCCCGGCCACCACCAACGGAACGUGUGAGGAGGAUCUGAACGACCGGCUGGGCUCCUGGGACUUUGUGGAGCCGUCACAGAGGUCCAGCUGCAACUGUUCCAGAUACAAGACGGCCAAGCAGCGUUCGGGCGGGGCCCUGGCUCCGCCUCCAUCGGGGGGGCCGCCCUCCCAGACUCCCACCAAACACAAGGCCGGCGGCGACAAGUCAGAGAAGGCGGACAAGCAGCAGAAGCGACCGCAGACGCCGUUCCACCACCGCGCCCCCGCCUGCGACGACGCCCCCUCCAUGGAGAACGGGGAGAAUGGGGGCGGGGCCAGACUGGCGCUGAGGGGCCAGGACACCAAUGGCAACGGCAACGGCGCCGGCGGCAACCGCUUCUCCUCCGUGCGUGCCGGCCACGCCCCCAGCCUCGGCGACACGCCCACCCUGUCCAAGCCGCCUCCCCCGCAUCGGCACGGCUCCGCGGUGACCGGCGGCGGCGGCGAGCUGGACGGCUCGCCGCCGCCGCCCCCGCUCAGCCCCCACCGCCCCUGCGACGAGGCGGGGAAGACCCCCGGCAGCCCCGGCCCCGGCAGCCAGCACUUCUACCAGCCGCCCUCCGAGCCCGGCGCCAAGGAAGGGGAGGAGCCCCAGAGCCAGCACUACCACCAGGGCCUCCGUCCACACGACCACCCUCACCCCCAACAUCAGCAGCAUCAGCACCCGGGCGCGGCCUACCCAGAGACCCCCGAGGCCGCCGUCUACGUGGGCGCGGCCGUCACCCACGCCGAGGAGGACGGCCCGCCCACCCCCUGGCGCUUCUUCAACCUGCCCCGGCGGAAAGAGGACGAGCUCCGGCCGCCGCCGCUGUUGCCCGGCGACAGGCUGAUGCGCGACGAGGCGCCGUCGUCGGCCUCGAUGGACGGCCAGCCCGUCUCCGCCACGGAGGUGAUGGCGGGCUCCCUGUGGCCCCUGAAGGUGUCGGAGGAGCGGCUGCAGAUGUACCGGGCGCGGCGGGACCAGUACCUGCUGGCGGUCGCCGCGGCCGAGCGGGGGCCCGGGGCCUCGGAGGACCCCUACGCCUUCGAGGAAGAGGACGCCAGGUGCACCCACUCCGACAGGAAGGACAAGGAGGGCGGCGAGAGGGACCCGGCCAGGAAACACAAGGGAGAUGAUGGAGGAGCUGGUCCAUCAGAUGACUCUCAGGCAGGGGGCGCCCAGAACCGCAUCCCUUACACCAGCCUGAUCCACGUGACGGACCUGGUGGUGUCCAUCAACGACCUGGACAACCUGUUCAACUCUGACGAGGACGAGCUGGUGCCGGGGUCCAGAAGAGCGCUCAACGGGACCGACGACAAGUACGGCUCCAGGGACGGGAAGCCGGGUAGCCUGGACCCUGUGUCCUGCAUCAGCGACCUGCAUCAGAUGUUCCCCACGCCUCCCUCGCUGGAGCAGCACAUCUCUGGCUACUCGCCCAUGAACGCCUGCGGUAAGGACGGCAGCGGGGACAUCUCCGGCAUGACCUCGCUGGAGGGCGGUGGCCUCUUCAAGAUGGAGGUGGAGGAGCGCUUCUGCAGCCCAAAGCCCUGCGAGAUCAAGGACUUCUCCUUCGUGUACAAGCCGGAGCUGUGGCAGCCGUUCCUGGGCUGCUCCAUGUUCGCGCCCCUCAAGCUGCUGCCCAGCCAGUGUCUGCCCCCCAUCAAGCUGCCCGAGGAGUGCUCCUACCGGCCCAGCUGGGCCAUGGGCCGGGACCUGCUCCACCCAGGGCCCCUCAUGGCCUACCUCAACAAGGACGGCAACAUCCCGAGCGUGGGCAGCGGGCUGGAGCAGGACUACGCCCAGAGCUACACUCCGCAGACGCACACGCCCUUCAUGUCCAACAGCGCCCCGCCCAGCAACAGCUGCACGGGCAUCCUCCCCUCGCCGGCCACGCCCCGCUUCUCGGCGCCCACGCCGCGCACGCCCCGCACGCCGCGCACCCCCCGGGGGCCCGGCAGCGUCCAGAGCUCCUCCCUCAAGUACGACAACUCGGAGCUGUACUCGCCGGCCGCCUCCACGCCCUCCACCUGCCGGCCCCCCAACUCGGUGGAGCCCCCCACCGUGCCCUCGGUGCCGGAGGCGCACAGCCUCUACGUCACGCUCAUCCUCUCGGAGUCGGUCAUGAACCUCUUCAAGGACUGCAACUUCGACAGCUGCUGCAUCUGCGUGUGCAACACCAGCAUCGCCGGCGCCGACGCGGGCGUGUACCUCAGCGACCCGUCGGGCGAGCCCCAGGAGCCGUGCAGCUGCGGCUUCAGCGCGGUGGUCAACCGCCGCUACGGCAACGGCUCGGGCCUCUUCCUGGAGGACGAGCUGGACGUGGCGGGCCGCGGCUCGGACGUGUGCCGCGAGGCGGAGCGCCGCUUCGAGGAGCUGCGGCGGGCGGCCCCCGCGAGGGCGGGGGCGCGGGCGGGCGGCGAGCAGCUCCCCGAGGAGCUGAUGCUGCUGCUGCAGGAGCAGUGCACCAACCCCUUCACGCCGCUGGCCCGGCCGGAGCCCCGCGCCAACUGCGGCGGCGGCGGGGCGGGGGGAGGCGGGGCCGGGGCGGGGUACGGGGCGGGGGGCCGCUGCGGGGCCCCGCCCUGCGUCCGCGUGGAGGAGCGGGACUACCGCAACGACUGCUACAUGGCGCUGGAGCACGGCCGACAGUUCAUGGACAACAUGUCGGGGGGGAAGGUGGACGAGGCGCUGGUGAAGAGCACGUGUCUGCACCACUGGGCCAAGCAGGACGCCGUGGACGCCAGCGCCCUCUGCUCCCAGGACGUCCUGCGGGUGCUCAUGUCCCUGCAGCCCGUGCUGCAGGACGCCAUCCAGAAGAAGAGGACGGUGCGCUCCUGGGGCGUCCAGGGGCCCCUCACCUGGCAGCAGUUCCACAAGAUGGCCGGACGGGGCUCCUACGGCACAGACGAGUCCCCGGAGCCGCUGGCCAUCCCCACCUUCCUGGUGGGCUCCGAGUACGACUUUGUGGUGCUGUCGCCGUUCGGCCUGCCCUACUGGGAGAAGCUGUCGCUGGACCCCUUCGGCUCCCAGCGGGACGUGGGCUACCUGGUGCUGUGCCCCGACAGCGAGGCCCUGCUGGCCGGAGCCAAGACCUUCUUCCGGGACCUCACCGCCGUCUAUGAGUCGUGCCGGCUGGGCCAGCACCGGCCCAUAUCCAAGGACCACCCCGACGGCCUGGUUCUGGUGGGCAGCGCCGCCCAGAGGCAGUCGGAGCGGCCGGUCAGCGACUGGUUCCUCAAGAUGGCCGGCAGCAGCGACGCCUUCUCCAAACUCAAACUCUAUGCACAAGUGUGCCGCCACGACCUCGCGCCAUACCUCGCCGCACAGCCUUUGGACGGCUCGCUCCUCACGCAGUCCAACCCCCAGCCCGCCUCCACGCAGACGUCCAGCACCUCCUCCUCUUCCUCCAACCCCUCGGCCCCCACCGCUGGCUCGGCGUUGCCCAACAACAACAACAGCAACAACAACAACAGCGGCUCCAGCAACGCGGUGAACGCCGCAUCAGGCCAGGGCCUGCCGUCGGCCAAGCCCGGGUCCUUCCCUCCCUUCGGGGCCCCCGGCGCCGCCGGGCCGACCACGGGGCCGCAGGCUGGUCCCCAGAACGCCGGCAUCUCAGGGGAUAGCAGCCAGACGCAGGGGCCAAGCGAGCCCCUAGAGAGCACUUUGGACAGGGACAAGGUGGGAGUGCCCACGGACGGGGAGUCCCACGCCCUGGCAUACCCUCCAGCCAUCAUGGUCUACAUCGUGGACCCCUUCAGCUACGAGGAGGACGAGGGCUCGCCCCACUCCGGCGUCUGGACCCUGGGUCUCCUCCGCUGCUACCUGGAGAUGCUGCAGUUCCUGCCCCCUCACAUCCUCAACUCCAUCUCCGUGCAGAUCAUCCCCUGCCGGUACCUGCUCCAGUCAGUGCGCGGGGAGGAGCACCGCAUCUACGCCCAGCACCUCAAGUCCCUGGCCUUCUCCGUCUUUGCCCAAUGCCGGCGGCCCCUCCCGACCACCACCAACGUCAAGUCGCUGACGGGCUUCGGCCCCGGGCUCGCCAUCGACACCGCCCUCAAGAGUCCGCAGAGGCCAGAGUGUCUGCGGCUGUACACGCCCCCUUUCAUCCUGGCGCCGGUGAAGGAGAAGCAGGCGGACCCGGGGGAGAAGUACAACGUGCUGUUCGUGGCCUACUGCCUGUCCCACGACCAGCGUUGGCUGCUGGCCACUUGCACCGACCUGUACGGGGAGCUGCUGGAGACGUGCAUCGUCAGCAUCGACGUGCCCAACAGGGCGCGCAGGAAAAAAGGGUCGGCCAGAGGGCUGGGCCUGCAGAAGCUCUGGGAUUGGUGCUUGGGGCUGGUGCAGAUGACCUCGGUGCCCUGGAGGGUGGUGAUUGGACGUCUGGGGCGGAUGGGCCACGGCGAGUUGAAAGACUGGACCUUUCUGCUGAGCAGGAGGAACCUCCAGUCGCUGAGUCGGCGUCUCAGAGAGAUGUGUCACAUGUGUGGCAUCUCCGCCUCGGACACUCCCAGCAUCCUCAGCGUGUGCCUGGUCGCCAUGGAGCCCCAGGGCUCCUUCGUCAUCAUGCCAGACUCUGUGUCGACGGGCUCCGUGUUCGGCCGCAGCACCACGCUCAACAUCCAGACGUCCCAGCUGAGCACGCCGCAGGACACGUCGUGCACGCACAUCCUGGUCUUCCCUACCUCAGCCUCGGUCCAGGUGGCCAGCUCCAACUACACCAACAUCGACAACAACAUCGACAUCCUCAACACUACCAACGGUGAGCCGGACCCCAUCGGGAUCCUGGGCCUGUUGGAAACGGAGAGCGAGCUGGUGGACACUGAUAUCAUCAACAUCUCCCCUACCAACUCGCCGGUCCACUCCCCCGGCUCCCACUACCACCACGGAGGGGACGGCAGCAAGGGCCAGAGCACGGACCACGACGAGGUCCCGCUCCUCCAGCAGCCCCUGGCCCUGGGCUACUUUGUGUCCACCGCCAAGGCCGGCCCGCUGCCCGACUGGUUCUGGUCGGCCUGUCCGCAGGCUCAGAACCAGUGUCCGCUGUUCCUCAAGGCCUCCUUGCACCUCCAUGUGUCUUCAGUGCAGUCAGAUGAACUUCUGCACAGCAGCAAACACUCCCACCCGCUUGACUCCAACCAGACCUCAGAUGUGCUCAGAUUUGUGCUGGAGCAGUACAACGCCCUCUCCUGGCUGACGUGUGACCCCGCCACGCAGGACCGCCGCUCCUGCCUGCCCAUCCACUUUGUGGUCCUCAACCAGAUGUACAACUUCAUCAUGAACAUGUUGUAGCCCCGCGCCAUGCACAGGGAGACACAGGGACACACUCUUGUGUGUGUGUGUGUGUGUGUGUGUGAGUGUGUGUACGAGCACUUGAGAGUGUGUGUGUGUGUGUGUGUGUGUGUGUGUGUGUGUGUGUGUGUGUGUGUGUGUGUGUGUGUGUGUGUGUGUGUGUGUGUG